AUGAACUCUGCCCAUCCAACAAUGUUCAGCUUCCUGGAUGUCUUGAAAUCACUUGAAGCUAGCCACGCCAAACAUCUAGCCCAGCUGGCCCAUGGUGCCAAGCCUCCUCCGCGGAAGAGAAAAUAUGUGUACCUCGAUGCUACAACCGUUCAGCAACUACUGCAGCCACAGCAACUACUGCAGCCAAAGCAACAACUGCAGCCACAGCAAAAACUGCAGCCACAGCAACUACUGCAGCCACAGCAACAACUGCAGCCACAGCAACUACUGCAGCCACAGCAACAACUGCAGCCACAGCAACUACUGCAGCCACAGCAACAACUGCAGCCACAGCAACUACUGCAGCCACAGCAACUACUGCAGCCACAGAAACAACUGCAGCCACAGCAACUACUGCAGCCACAGCAACAACUGCAGCCACAGCAACUACUGCAGCCACAGCAACAACUGCAGCCACAGCAACUACUGCAGCCACAGCAACUACUGCAGCCACAGAAACAACUGCAGCCACAGCAACUACUGCAGCCACAGCAACAACUGCAGCCACAGCAACUACUGCAGCCACAGCAACAACUGCAGCCACAGCAACUACUGCAGCCACAGCAACUACUGCAGCCACAGAAACAACUGCAGCAACAGCAACAACUGCAGCCACAGCAACUACUGCAGCCACAGCAACUACUGCAGCCACAGAAACAACUGCAGCAACAGCAACAACUGCAGCCACAGCAACUACUGCAGCCACAGCAACAACUGCAGCCACAGCAACUACUGCAGCCACAGCAACUACUGCAGCCACAGCAACAACUGCAGCCACAGCAACUACUGCAGCCACACCAACAACUGCAGCCACAGCAACCACUGCAGCCACAGCAACUGCUAGUCAUGUCGGUUACAGCAUUCACAGCAGCAACAACAUUUACAGCAACUACUGCAGCAAUGUUGACUACAUCAGUCACAUCAACAGCAGCAAUCCCAGCAACUAAGAGUGACAGCAAACAAAACCUGCUGCUAACAGCUGCAUGGCAGCCAGAGACAAACGAGUGA